GUCGAGGCACGUGUGCCUUGAUAAAAAUGUUUCGACUGCUUAAUGUACUGAAAAUUCGAAUUUGUUUGGGAUAUCGGGAUUGUUUAUCUAAAUUUCAGGGUUAAUUGCAAUUGAACCACAUUCUAUUCUUCAGUGAGGAAAUACUAAAAAAUAUAAAGGUAUACAAGAGAAGAAUUUUUAUGUCCAGUACGUUUAGUGAAAAGCCGCACCAACAACACCAAAAGGAUGCGGCUCUGUAUGGUUUUAGGUGCUUUCAUUGUCAUAACCUUAAUUAACGCUUCUUUCUCGGCGAAGGAAAGCAAAUAUGUGCAUUCCGCUGGAGGGUUUCCGAUGCGCCAUAAAAUCGAGAAAAAUGUUUUUAGCAAAAUCCCCAGCAGGAGACCUAGCAAAAAUCAUGGAAGCAACAUCGGAAAUUAUCCACUAACUGAAAGAAGUAAUAAACCGGAGGAGAAAAAUCUUCGCCCUAUUAAGGGCAUUAGCAGUGUACAAACAUCAAGUGCUGCCCCCUUAGUACUUGAUCGUCCAGUACUUACAAUGAAAAUAUAUGAACCAGGCCAUCUAAACAAAGAUAUAGAUAUAAAGAGGAUAUGUGGAUACGGGGGGAAAUACUUAAAGCUCCUCAUUCUGAUCACCUCAGCGCAUUCCCACUUUACGGCGAGAAUGUCCAUCAGACAUACCUGGAUGAACUAUGGAAGCAGGCGAGAUGUAGGCAUAGCCUUUGUCCUUGGACGCACCACGAAUGCGACCCUGAACGCGGCUCUCAACAAGGAGAAUUAUAUAUAUGGCGAUAUGAUACGUGGACAGUUCAUAGACUCUUACAUUAAUCUCACUCUGAAGACGAUCUCUUUGCUAGAAUGGACAGAUACGCACUGUCCUCGUGUAAAAUACAUCCUUAAAACAGAUGACGAUACGUUCAUAAAUGUUCCUAAGCUGCUCGCCUUCAUAGACGGACAUAAGGAUAAUCGAACGAUAUAUGGUCACAUAAUUGAGAGUGCAAAGCCAAACCGACAAAGGGCGUCGAAAUAUUUUUUACCAUAUCAUCAAUAUGGGGGCUCUGUUUUUCCACCAUUUGCCACCGGAACUGCCUACCUUCUUACUGGAGACAUUGUACAUGAGCUAUAUGUUCACUCGCUCAGAACGUCUUAUAUUCAACUUGAAGAUAUCUUCACGGGCGUUUUGGUCCAGAGCUUGAAGAUUAAGAUUGUGCAUGCCAGCAGCUUUUACAACAGGCGCAUCCCGUUCCUGCCGUGCACAAUCCGCGACGCGAUCAGCAUUCAUGAUAUCAAGGAAAACGAAAUAUACGAUAUUUGGAGAAAGCAGAUGGACUCCACUGUCAAGUGCAAAACAGUUGAUAGAAGCAAUUAAUUAAAUCGGAAGAGUGUUAUAAUUGAAACAAUUUUUUGCUCGUCUAGCCAUCUGAUAAUGUUUUGCGUAAUUGAUAAUACUGAUUAAAAAUUAAUUAUUUGAAAUUAAACACACCCUCAGAUUCAAGAUGGAAUUCUGAAAAAAAUAGAAGAUGUAUCUGUUAAAUGACUCUACUUUUAUACCCGGAAAUCAGUCAGUAUAUACAUAUGUACAUGUACAUACACACAUGUCUUGAUGAGACCUAAAGCAGACUUUAGGGAUAUGUAUAGUAGUUUUAGAAAUUAUAUUAUUAUAUUAGAUGGUUUACAAAGUCAAAUGCUUUACUGAAAUCGGAUGUUUUUUGGAAAAAUUGAGCAAAGAG